GCUGAACGCGUGCUUUAUCAAAGUUUUGUGCAAAUUGACGCAAAGUUAACUAUACACUUAUCCCGCCCCCUCCUUGAGUGUGAGAUCUGCUUCCCGAGAGAACAAACACUCAACUGCUUUGAUUCAGUUUGUUCGAUCGAUCACUUGCAAAGUCAAUAAUUUCUGAGAACUUUUCGGUAAUUGUUCUUCACUAUGCACAUCCGAACCUACAUAUCAGUGGUAUUCAUAUCGGUGGUUCAAUAUAAAAGAAGAUCGUUGACGAUCACUGCCGAUCAGUUUGGGUUGGCGCCUUUCGAGUGCGAUCGCACACACUUCUCCCUCUCUGCUUCUCUGCUCGGCAUGUAAGAGUGCAGGUAACAACACCUCGCCAUAGUUUAUUCGAUAAUCGACGUUUACUAUCCGAGCACGCUGCAACCAACGAGAAGAAAUAGUGCGAUCGCCUACCAGAACGCGUGCGGUAACCGUCAUUGUAGUAACAAGUAUCAUAACAAUAUGUACCUUCUCCGUAUGAUCGCUGUUUUCGUUGUGCUGUUAUCGUCGAUGCUUCGAGCAUCCCGUGGGAGUCCAUCGCAGGAAUUCGUCCAAUAUCUUACCACCACACCAAGUGAUCACGUGCAUCCACCUCCCGAUCGUGAUGGUGACGACGGGAAUCUGAACCGAAAGAAGAGACUGAUUUCCGCGUCGGAUUACGAAGAGACCGCCCAGUUUUGGAACAUUGGUGCCCAGUUGAAGCUCAAGGAGCAACUACUGAAGCGGAAAAACUUCAAUAAAGCGAAGAAUGUGAUCUUCUUCCUGGGAGAUGGCAUGUCGAUUCCGACGCUGGCAGCUAGUCGCAUGUACCUCGGACAGAAGCAAGGCCACUCGGGCGAGGAAACGCAGCUCUCCUUCGAAGAGUUUCCAGACGUUGGCCUAGUCAAGACCUAUUGCGUGGAUAAGCAGGUUGCAGAUUCGGCUUGCUCGGCGACGGCUUAUUUGUGCGGAGUCAAGGCGAACUAUGCCACUAUCGGCGUGACGGCUGCGGUCAAAUAUAACAACUGCACGACCGGCAAUGACCCCAAGAACCAUGUCCACUCGAUCAUGAGCUGGGCUCAGGCAGCCGGAAAAGCCACAGGCAUUGUGACCACCACCAGGGUUACCCACGCAAGCCCAGCUGGGACCUAUGCACAUGUUUCGAAUCGAGAACAUGAAUGUGAUGCUGAUAUCCUAGCACAGAAUGCAGAUCCAAAUGACUGCCAAGACAUCGCAUCCCAACUCGUGCGAAACAACCCUGGCAAAAAUUUGAAAGUCAUUCUCGGGGGCGGCAGACGUAAGUUCACUCCCAACACGGAGAAGGACCCCUCUGGCAAACCGGGACAGCGCAUGGAUGGCGUCAACCUGAUCUCGGAAUGGUACUAUAGCAAACCCCUCGGCUCGGCCAGAUACGUGACCAACAAGCAAGGCCUCAUGGGAAUCAAUUUCAACGAAACCGAAUAUCUGAUGGGCCUGUUCAACUACGAUCACAUGAAAUACCACAUGGACAGCAACCCAAAAGAAGACCCCACCCUAAGCGAUCUCACUUACGCCGCUAUCAAAACAUUAGAAAAGAACAAAGCUGGAUUCGUCUUGUUCGUAGAGGGAGGUAAAAUCGAUUUAGCCCAUCAUGAAACCAAAGCUCGGAAAUCCCUGGACGAAACGGUCCAACUGUCGGAAGCCGUUCAACUGGCCACUCAGUACACCAACUCCGAUGAUACGCUUAUCCUCGUAACGGCGGACCAUGCGCACACAAUGUCAAUGGCUGGCUAUUCGAAGCGCGGUCACGACAUUCUUGGAGUCAGUGGUUCAUCCCACGACAAAGGCAAAAGCCCCUACACGACUCUAUCCUACGCGAACGGUCCCGGAGGUCCAUCCCUGACAGAUGGCAGACGACUGAACAUCACCGAAGAGAUGCUGACCAACAAAGACUUCCAGUAUCCGAAACUAGUUCCUUUGAAGUACGAAACCCACGGCGGAGACGACGUGGCGCUGUUUGCCUACGGGCCAUGGUCGCAUCUCUUCUCGGGGAUGUACGAGCAGAAUGUGAUUCCGCACAUAAUUGGGUAUGCGGCGUGUAUAGGAAGCGGAUUAACGGCGUGCAUAGGGUAAGAAUGGUUGUUCAAUCGUGUUGUGUGAUUUAUUAGAAUGUAAGGAUAAAAAAAUAUUUUACGUGUCUCGAUUUUUUCACGUUACCGUUAUUGUAGAUUUCAUUCAUGUACAAGUGUAUUUUAAAUUGUUUCAAUAAAUUUGUAAUUUAUAACAAAA